AUGGAGUGGGAUGCGUACCUGUUCAAAAACCUUGAAACGGAACAGGCAAAAUUAACCACCCACAGCAGCGGGAAUAAAAGCAGCUGCUCGCGCUGGGAGGAUUCAGAGGCACUCAAGUGUCUUUGCCACUUCUGCCAGAGUGCCAUCGCCUGCCGCCAAAGCUACCGCUGCUGCUCCUUCCUCUGCUCCCAGCCCCCUGGUGCCGGCUAUCAGAGAGGUGUCAUGGGGUCCUGGAAGCUCCCCCUCUUCCUGGUCCUCAGCAUCCUGAUCAUCCACCAGGCAGGCAUGCUCCAGGCAGCGCCAUUCAGGUCGGUCUGGAAAAAUGGCUUUGUACCAGCUACACUCACUGAGGAGGAAUCGUACUUCCUACUGGCCACAAUAGUGAAAUAUUACGUGCAGAAGGCCAGUGAGCUGGAGUAUGAAACUGAGGACUUCGGCAUCAUUGCCCAGAAGAGAGCCAGUCACACCGCCACCUGCAUGACCCAUAAGAUGGCAAGCUUCCUGGGCAGAUCUGGGAGCAAGAUUAAGAGGAACACCAUGUCCACCAAUGUGGCUCCAAAGCCUCUGGCCGGCACCAGAGGGAUCUUCAGAACCAAGAAGUGA